AUGUGUGGGGUGAGGACUAGUUCAUACACAGACACCAGCUAUGAGGACAAGAAGUACACUGUGGGGGACGCUCCUGACGAUGACCAAAGCCAGUGGCUGAGUGAGAAAUUCAAGCUGGGCCUGGACUUUCCCAACCUUACGUGUCUGCCCUACCUGAUUGAUGGCACUCACAAACUCACCCAGAGCAAUGUCAUCGUGCAUUACCUUGCCCGCAAGCACAACCUGUGUGGGGAGACGGAAGAGGAGAAGAUUCGCGUGGACAUUCUGGAGAACCAGCUGAUGGACACCUGCAUGCUGUUGGCCACGCUCUGCUACAGCCCUGACUUUGAGACGCUGAAGCCAGAGUAUUUGGAGGGCCUGCUUGAGAAGCUGAAGCUGCUGGCUCAGUUCCUGGGGAAGCGGCCCUGGUUUGCAGGGGACAAGAUCACCUUUGUGGAUUUCAUUGCUUAUGACGUCAUUGAAAGGAACCAGGUGUUUGAGCCGCGGUGUCUGGAUGCGUUCCCCACCCUGAAGGAGUUCCUAGCCCGCUUUGAGGGCCUGGAGAAGAUCUCUGCCUACAUGAAGUCCAGCCGCUUCCUCCCAAGACCUGUGUUCACCAAGAUGGCCACGUGGGGCAGUAAGUAGGGUCAUGAGAGGCCAGGAGACAGGAGGAGCC